AUGAGCACAUCCGAUGUCGACAAACCAACUAUAGAACCGCGUUGGUUUGAGAUCUUUGCCACGAUUGAGGCCAAGUUCGAAGCCUCCAAUAUCGCCAGUGAAAAGUGGUUUCUCACAGCUUUGAGCGCGAUUACGACGACAUCACAAUCACACCUUUGUGGCCAACUAUACUUGUACCUGAUAAGCCAACAUGCGUAUUCGACUACCACUGCACGCUGGGAGCUGAUUCGAUGCAUGCGCGAGGCGCUAUUCAAAGACAUUGCUCUUCUCGGAUUCCCAAGACCCACAGAGGGACUCAUCAACAUCACCAAAGUCAUGUCCGAGGAAGAUAGGGAAUGCUCCUUCACCCGAGAAGGCUGGCAGUGCGACGACGCAAAUCAUGCGCGCGGCAUGGUCUUGUCCGACCGCCAGGUUUUGGAUGACGUGGAUACACAGAUGAUAGUCUUGCCGGCUGUCAUGGGUCAAGACAUGCCGCGGAUGAUCUACUGGCAUAUCCGAGGAACAAGGCGGUUGGGGAUCUCCAAGAAAGAUGUGCAAAUGGUCAUGGAGUGUGUGCAUCUGGUCGUUGAAGCUUGCGGUGUGACAUUGAAGCAAGUCCCCAGUGUGGAUGACGUCGAUGUAGAUUUGUGA